AUGGGAUAUAUCGAUGUCUACGAUAUACGUAACCACUCGAGUGAAACCAUGCUGCGCUGGCGCUACCUGAUGAGAUGGCUAGAUAGCACCCCGAAGAGCUCGAGGCAAGCUAUUCACAAUAUCUUCAACGACCCCUGCAAGAAGCUAGAGCCCGAGCGCAAGAAGUUGAGUCGGAUAUGGGCUCUGAGAAGCCGCGCGAUCCGACAAGCAUAA